GUCGUUUGAAAAGGAACCGAUUCCUUGGCGGAUCGCUGGUGCUUAUAAUAGAGAAGGGAGAGGAGCUGCUGCGGCGUUCGUGCUGCGCCGGAGCACAGGAUCCCUAAGGUCUCCAAGAUCACCGGUACCACCAAGAUCACCAAGAUCUCAGGGAUCAUCAAGCAUCCGUGCUACAAAAUCUGAAAUGAGAUCUCAGGUGUGUUUUUGGUGAGAGGUAAGGACGUCAGAAGAUCCUGCGUGGAUCCUGAUCCGUGGUGAGAGAGCUCGGGGGUGGUAAAUCGUAUCUGUUGGAUCUACUGGACAUCUCGAAGUCAUAUUUCUGGGUAGAGACGCGCUCUCCUAUCUACAUUCUCCCCCAUGCUGAAGUCGGCGAGCUGUGCCAUGGCGUCCUGCGCCCCCGGGAACCGCUUUAUUAACGGCGGAUUCAUCAACAGCAGCAGCAUCACCACCACCACCUCCUCCACCAGCAGCAUCAGCAGCACCAUCAUCACCACGAGCAGCAGCAGCAGCAGCACCGCGCCCGCUCCGCAUCCUGCCCAUGAAGCCAAGCAGAAGGGCUUCUGCCUGGUCAGGAUGAUGAACCUGAAGGGGAAGAAAGCGAGCGCAGAUCCGCGGAAGCAGCAGCAGCACCACCACCACCACCACCACCAGCACGGCCCCGUGCCCUUCAUCAUCCACUGCCACAUCGGGAAAGAAAUCAAGCACAUUUGCGGCAACUGCAGCCGCGCCACCGACGCGCAAGACGCAGAGGAGGUGGAGCGUUUGGCUGCCAUGCGGACCGAGUCGCUCGUUUCCGGCACGCACACGCCGCCCAUUCGGCGCAGGAGCAAGUUUGCCACACUCGGACGACUUUUCAAGCCCUGGAAAUGGAGGAAGAAGAAGAGCGAGAAGUUCAAGCAGACCUCAGCAGUUCUGGAGAGAGAGAUGUCGGCGAGACAGAGCCGGGAGGAGCUGAUCAAGCGUGGAGUGCUGAAAGAAAUCUUUGAGAAAGACUCGAGGAUGACUGUAGUGAAGCAGGAAGUGAGGCUGGAGAACGGUCUGUGUGUGACGCCGAACCCUUUAGAGAGCAGCCGAGUGACAGAACUGCUCCUGCAGGGACUGACAGACGGCCACGGGGCGGGUCAGUGUCAGUGGGCGGCACCUAUUGAGUUCCGGGCCUCUAUGGAAGGCAGCGUUUGUCCUCAGGACCCCUCCAUGAAGUCGUCCCUGGUGCUGCCUGCUAAGAAAUCGGUGGUGUUUCCAGGUGAGGUUCAGGAGAACCCUACGAAAGCCACACUCUUCCACAAACAGCCACCCGCUCUGCCGCCUAAACCUUUCACCCGGCAGCUAAACCACAGCAUAGAGCAAUGUCAGACCCUUAAGCUUCCCUGCGUACAGGGGAAACACUCUCCUCCUCUUCCACCGAAGAAAGUAAUGAUCUGCGUGCCAUCCGGAGGCCUGGAGCUGCCCGUGUCUUCCCCGAGCCCUCUCGCCACCUACCCCGGAAAGUGCACUCCCAUCAUGCACCACGGCAGCCUCGGGGGGCAUCACGGACACCCGCACCAGCUGCAGUAUGGCAGUGUGCCCAGCCGCAUCAUCGAGGAGCUCAACAAGACACUGGCGCUCUCCAUGCAGAGGCUCGAGAGUUCUGCACUGCAUUCUGGGCAGUGCGGUCUCUUGGAUGGCAGACCGGUCCCCACAGUGGUGAUCGAGUGUGAGGACGAUAAAGAGAACAUGCCCAGCGAGUCGGACUAUGAGGACUUACCCAGCAUGUACAAGGACGACCUGGAGGAGGAAGACGAGGAGGACGACGAAGAGGACGACGACUCGCUGUUCACAAACACACUGGCCCUGAAGGUGUUGAGGAAAGACUCGCUGGCUAUAAAGUUGAGUAACAGGCCAUCGAAAAGGGAGCUGGAGGAGAAGAACAUCCUGCCCAUGCAGACUGAUGAGGAAAGACUCGAGUCCAGACAGCAGAUCGGCUCCAAACUCACACGGAGACUGAGCCAAAGACCUACAGCAGAGGAGCUAGAGCAGCGAAACAUCCUGAAACCACGAAAUGAACAGGAGGAGCUGGAGGAGAAAAGGGAAAUCAAGCGGAGACUCAAAAUUAAGCUUAGCCAAAGGCCCACGGUGGAGGAACUUCGGCAGGCCAAGAUCCUGAUCCGUUUCAGCGAUUACGUCGAAGUGGCCGAUGCUCAGGACUACGACCGGCGGGCUGAUAAACCCUGGACACGCCUUACUGCUGCAGACAAGGCGGCCAUACGGAAGGAGCUCAACGAUUACAAGAGUACAGAGAUGGAGGUGCAUGAAUCCAGUCGCCAUUUAACCAGGUUUCACAGGCCGUAGACGAGUGUGAAGUGGACCGGACCGGACUGGAGUUUGCUCCGAACCACAUGCGCUGGUCAGACGGAUGGUGCACGAAAAAAGUAAUAAAUCAAAGAAAUCACACUAAAAGCCAAGUCCUUCAGAGGGAGGGGACAAAACUGUAUGCCUUUUACAACAACCCAGGACGUCACCCCAAACCUCACCAGCCUGAAAUUUUGCUUUAAGGAAAAAACCUCACCACACAAACACACACACUCACGCACCAUGAUAGUAGUACUAACAUGCGUGGAUUUGCCUGGUUUUUCCACAAGUCUACCUUCAUGUUUUUUCCCACUCGAUCCGUUCGUCUCCCCGACGGUCACAAGGUGGCGCCGGAUCCGCUCCGGCUCAGAUGUAAUGAUUUCAUGUGAGGUUCGUGAAAGCACGAGUGUCCUGAUCGUCUCUUCACCGCCCUCUGCUGGCCACCAUCAUCCUACAUUAUACAUUAUAUACAUUGUACACAUAUACACUCACUUCAUAUAUAUAUAUAUAUAUAUAUAUAUAAAAUACACACACACACACACUGUACAGACUCUAUGGACCUCUGCAGCAAACUGUGAGCGGCGGAGCUCAGACUGCACUUUGUGCUCUCGCCACGUGUACAUUUUGUUUAUAUUGGAUUAUUGAGUAGAAUAUUUUACACGUGUAAGCCGCGGUAUUUAAGGAAUAAGGAGUGGAACAUUUCAGUAAGGAAAGACUUGCUCAGGCUUCGGCGGACGCAGAAAUGUACACGGUUCUAUAUGAUGUCCGUUUUACUUUUUUGUUUGUUCGUGAAUCAGCUUAUUUUUCUUUUUUUUUUUUUUAAGAAUUAUUUGACAUUUUUUAUUAAAUUAUAAGGCUGCCUAUUUCUUGCUUUCUCUGUAUUUUUUAUUACAUUUUUUUUCUGAAGGGAAUCUUGCUUUAUCCAAAUCUCAGUUCAGAGGCAGGGAUUUUUUUUAUUUAUUAAUAAUUUUUUUUAUUUAUUAAUUAUUAUUAUUAUUUUUAAUCUGUAUUUUAUUUAUUUGUUUGUGGUCAAUGGGAACACAUACACACACACACACACAUACAUGCACAUUUAUUUAUUUUUAUUCUUUAUUUUGCUUUCGUUUUUUUUGUUUAAAUUUUUUUAAAUGAAUAAAUAAAUAAAUAAUUUAUUAUUACUAUUUUUUCUCUAGGGAAACGUGCUCUACCCAAAUCUCUGUUCAAAGCACAGAGAUUUUUGUAUUAUUAAUUAUUUGACGGGUUUUUUUAUUCAUUUAUUUUUUAUUUAAAUGUAUUCAUUUGUGGCCAAUGGAAACACUCACCUGAAAUUUUGGGAUUAGAAAUUCUCUUGUACAUCCUCCAGAUCCAGCCGAUCAAACAACAUUCACCUGUAUCCUGAUUUCAUUUUAAAUUUUUAUUUAGGAAUUUGAAAUUUUUUUAUUCGAUUAUAAAGCUUCCUUUUUUUUUUGCUUCCUUUUUUUUGUAUAAAUUAGUUAAAUUCUUAUUUAUUUAUUUAUUUAUUUAUAAAUAUAAAUAUUAUUAUUAUUAUUAUUAUUAUUAUUAUUAUAAUAACUGUCUUUUCCUCAAGGCAAAUUUGCUCUACCCAAAUCUCUGUGCAAAGCCCAAGGUUUUUUUUUUAUUGGUAUUUAUUAGGGUUUUUUUUAUUUGUAAUAUAUGCAUUUUAUUAUUUUUUUUAUUUAUUCAUUAGGAAAACUAAUCAAACAAUAUUCCUCUAACCUGUAUGCUGAUUUAAUUUAAGAAUUAUGACUCUUUUUUAAUUAAAUUAUAAGGCUGCUUUCUAUUAAUUAAUUAAUGUAUUAUUAUUAUUAUUAUUAUUAUUAUUAUUAUUAUUAUUAUUUCUCUUUUAUUUCCCUCAAGGGGAAAUUUGCUUAAACCAAAUCUCAAUUUAACGCCGUGGGUUUUUUUUUUUAUUACAAAUAAAACCCUAAUAAAUAUUAAAAUGUGCAUUUUAAUUGUAUUUAU